AUGGCCUUCUCUUCAGCACUCGUCUUGACCGAUCUAAACGACUACAUUGCACCUUCUCAAGCUUGCAUUAAACCCGUCGAAGUCCACAAGUCGGAAAACGCUGGACCCUCCGAGAUCAAGGUUGAUCAGCAAGGCGAUUACUAUGAAAUCUCCAAGGACGGUGGGGAAUCCAAGUUGGAAAAGGCAUCGAUCACCUUGAACGAUUGCUUAGCUUGCAGUGGAUGUGUCACAUCAGCUGAAAGCGUUCUUAUCACUAUGCAAUCCCAAGAAGAGUUAUACGAGAUCUUGAACACCAAUCGAUCCGAUCCUAGCAAGCAUCGCACUGUUGUUGUAUCCAUUAGCCCUCAAUCACGUGCAUCGCUUGGUGCAAAGUACAACCUGUCACCCAUUCAAGUGCAUCGACGAUUGAUUUCUUUCUUCAAACAUCAUUUGGGUGCCCAUCAUGUGUUUGACACAUCCUUCUCCCGUGAUCUAUCACUUGUCGAAUCAGCUCGUGAAUUCGUGGAACGAUAUCGUUUAUACAUGGCCAAUGGUGGUGAUAAGAUUGAGGAAGCGUUACAGCAACAAGAUCAACAACAAGAGGAAGCUGGUGGUGAUCGUCGUUCCAGGAGGAGACGUGGUGCUGGUGCUGCAGCAGGAGCAACAGGUGCACAACAACAACAGCAUUUGCCCAUGUUGGCAUCGGCAUGUCCUGGAUGGGUGUGCUACGCUGAAAAGACACAUGGUGCUGUGAUUCCCCAUAUCGCCACGGCAAAGUCACCACAACAAAUGAUGGGAUCGCUUGUCAAGGAUUAUCUUGCAAAGAAAACAAAUACACCACCCAAUGCCAUCUAUCAUGUUGCUGUGAUGCCAUGCUAUGACAAGAAACUGGAAGCGAGUCGACCCGAUUUCUUUUUGGAGGAAUUCGAUACUCGAGAAGUGGAUUGUGUCUUGACUACGGGAGAAAUCGAAAAGAUGUUUCAAGAACAAAGCAUUGAUUUUACUCAAGUGCCUGAAGCUCAAGUGGAUGACAUGUUCAACAAGACGGCGCUUGAUCCAACGACACAAAUCACGGCAUCUUAUGGCACUGCUGGAUCAUCAUCAGGUGGCUAUUUGGAGUAUAUCAUGGCAACGGCUGCACGAGAACUUUUUGGGAUUCAAGAUGUCCCUGCCGAUCCUGCACAAACACCCAAUGCGCGCGUGAUUGUCAAGGCUGGCAAGAAUGCGGAUGUGCGUGAAUACUUUUUACAAGGUGAUGAUGGGCGGAUAUUGCUUCGUUUUGCCACUGCCUUUGGUUUCCGUAACAUCCAAAACAUUGUGCGCAAGGUCAAGAGCGGCAAGUGUCAAUACCAUUACGUGGAAGUCAUGGCUUGUCCUGGUGGAUGUGCCAACGGAGGUGGUCAAUUGCCCAACCCAAAUGAUGAGCAAGUCAUGUCGGCUAAGGAAUGGUUGAACCGAGUGGAAAGUGUAUACCAGACGGUGCCAGGUGUAGCUCCCGAAGAAAACGAGGUGCUAAAGACCAUUUACAAUGAAUGGAUCGGUGAUCCCAAUUCUGAUCAAGCAAAGCGAUUGUUGCGCACUCAGUACCAUGCCGUAACGGAAAACUUGGCUAAUCCUUUGGCUACCAAGUGGUAA